GAAUAUGACAAAAUCAAAGGAUCAAGAAAUUGUGAAAUGAAACGGUGGAUGUGAAAACGGUGAAAAGUGAAUCGCUAAUGAUUCAAGCUAUUGUGUGUUAAUAAUCCAUUGAAUUCAUAUUUUUUCGUACUCAAUCAGUCCUAAUCAUGGAUAAAAGAAAAUUAUCCACUGCGGGCGAUAGUCUCUAUCUUAUAUUACAAGUCCCUAAAACCGCAACGGCAGAUGAUGUCAAGAAAAGCUAUCGGAAGUUAGCACUUAAAUAUCAUCCAGACAAAAAUCCUAACAACCCUGAAGCAUCUGAAAAGUUUAAAGAAGUAAACAGGGCCAAUACAAUCUUAAGUGACGCCACGAAAAGAAAUAUAUAUGACAACUAUGGCUCUCUCGGUCUCUACAUUGCCGAGCAAUUUGGUGAAGAAAAUGUCAACGCCUAUUUCGUCGUCACAAGUACAUGGUGCAAAGCAUUAUGUGUUGUGUGUGGUAUAUUGACUGGUUGUUACUUUUGCUGCUGCUUGUGUUGCUGCUGUAACUGCUGCUGUGGCAAGUGCAAACCUCGUCCAGCAGAAGAGUCUGGAGACUACCACACGCUUGAGCGAGAUGACUCAGAUGGUGUGCAGCCAGUAACUUCACAACCGGGUCCUGAAGGCCGUCCCACUGGUGACCAGGCACCACCUAUUGUGCUGCCUGCGCCAUCGGCUCCUGGGGUAUCAGAAAAUACUGGCCUCAACACAGGCAGCAGUAUUCCAAAAUACACUUGAAGUGUCACCUAGCCUAAACUAUAAUGUAAGAGAAAAGAGGAACUGACUACUUUUUACCACCACCAUGCAAAUUACGUAAGCCUUAAGUUUUUUUAUGUUACUAUUUUUUAAUAGAGUUCUUUUUGUAACUUUGAUUUAAUUGAUUUAUUUAUGGUUCUUUUGAUUGCAAUUCUGUGAUAACCUAUUUAUUUUUACUUGACUACCUUUAUUACAUUCACUUGAAAUGCAGUAUUCUUAGCUGAAAUGCAACCUAACCUUACAGACCUAAGUGGAUCUUAGCAU